AUGGAUGAACGAACGGUAACAUCCUUGCUUCUUGUAGUGACUUUCUGUGCCUGCUUCCAGGCUUCAGUUGCACAAUGGACCAGGCAGCUUUCAGCCUAUGAGAUCGCAUCAUUCCAAAACCCAGAUCCCGACCACAACACAAAACUCAACCAUGUCCUUUUCCACGGUCCCUCUGAUGUAUACGUCGGAGCGGUGAAUUCCAUCUACCGGCUGGAUGAGAACUUUGUAGUGCAGAGUAACGCCAGCACAGCUCUGGACUGUGAAGACCCAGAUGACUGCGCUAACGAAAACAAGAUCCUCUUUGUUGAACCACUCCGAGAUAGACUGAUUACUUGUUGGAGUGACAAUGGAGGCAGAUGUCAACAGAGAAGUCGAGAUGAACUGACUGUUGCAGGCACCGAAAAUAGUGUCGUGGGUGUAUCACCUGGCAGAGGUAAGACCACUGUUGGUCUGUUAGCGCCUGGCCCAGGGAGAAGAGACUGGCUCUAUGUAGCAUCCACCUACACAAGGGAUAGUAACACAGAUGUCCCAGCAGUUGCACGACGACGUUUGGGUCUAGAGGUUCCUGAUGGAAGACUGUUUUUUUCAGGAGAAGACGUGCAAAUCAAUUUUAAUUCAGAUUACAAAAGCAGGGCUUUUGACAUUAACUACGUGUAUGGAUUUUCUACCAAUGGCUUCACCUACUUUGUCACUGCUCAGCAAAAAACAACCAGCUUUACUCCAAUAUUUGUUUCCAAAGUGGUUCGUGUUUGUCAAAACAGUAACACAUUUGAAUCAUACACUGAGAUCGUCCUACGCUGUGGUCAAGAAUCCCAAUCCUAUAACCUUGCCCAAGCUGCUUACUUCGGACAAGCAGGACCUGACUUGGCGGAAUCUCUUGGAAUCCAGGAGGCAUCUCCGAUGCUGUUUGCAGUUUUUGCAACCAACGUUGGAGCAAGUGACACCCCCAGUGAUAGCUCUGCACUGUGUGCUUUCAGAAUGGAUGAGAUUGAAGAGGCAUUUGCAACAGGCAUACGAAAGUGCAUUCAAAAUGGAGUUGAGUAUAAAGUGGGAUAUCUCGACAGAAGUAAAUGCAACUCCAUCCCAACAUUUACCGAUUCGCAACUGCAAACAGUACUGUGUGAUGUUCGUCAAAACAUAUACCGGAAUGCUAAUAACCCUGACGGAGUAACCGCUACGCCGUUGUUUCGGGUGGAGGAUGCACGAAUGUCGUCAAUUAUAACCAGCACGGAAACGAACCACACCGUCGCUUUCAUUGGUACUUCGCAGGGUUCCUUAAUUAAGGUGCACAUUGAAAACGGGACUCACGCGAGGCUUUACGAGACAAUCAAAGUAGGAGACAGCGCCGUACAGACUGACAUAAGUCUGGAUGAGACCAAGCAGCAGUUACGUCUACUGACUGAACAACAGCUUUUGAGAUUGCGAGUUGAAAACUGCAGUCAGUACACAAGCUGUGAGUCUUGCAUCGGUGGCAGCUCCGGGCAGGAUGGCGACCCGUACUGUGGAUGGUGCACACUACAAAACAAAUGCACAGUGCACAGGGAGUGUCCGAUGGCCGAUAUCUCAACCCGCUGGCUUCCAUACAAUGCUAUUCAGUGUGUUGAUAUCAGUGACAUUGAGCCUGCUAACUUGCCCAUCACAGACCCCCAGCAAAUGAUCACACUGACGAUUGAUCAACUUCCUGAUCUUGAGGCUGGCGAGUCUUACAGCUGUCAGUUCAACAACCUGCCUCUAUCUCCAGGAGAAACCACUGGCAACAUCAUAAGGUGUAUGACUCCACUUCCGAGCACAGUUCCACUCAUUCGGCAAAUGGAGGACCAUGUGACACUGGAGCUGAGCGUUUUUUCGUCAGUGUCUGACAUGAAGUUUAUAAGUUCAACUUUCAGCUUUUACGAUUGCACCGGACACACCUCUUGUACCGCAUGUGUCUCUAUUCCAUGGAACUGCGAUUGGUGUAUUUAUGACAACAUCUGCACCCACUUGAGCGCUGAGUGUACGGAGGGGGACUACAUCAUUACGGGAAACAACAAUCCAGACACGUCUUCAGUGCGAGGCCCGGAUUUCUGCCCGCAGUUGCAACCACAGACACAGGAAGUGCUUGUACCAGUGGGCAUUCCUAUAGAAAUCCAGGUGCCUGCCUCCAACUUGCCAAACGCAACCCAGGUGACUGAGGAUUACCAGUGUUUGUUGUUGGUGGAGGGUACCAGGCAAAUUGUCUCAGCAUCUGUGAUACAGCCAGGCGUCAUUCAGUGCCACAGCCAGAUGUACUCUUAUGCAGCGAAUGAUCGAGAGAUGGAAGUGCAGUUGAGCAUAAGCUGGAACGUUGACAGACAGCUGGAUGACAGUACCGGCUUCACGGUGACACUCUACAAGUGUGAUGUGGAUCGACAGGACUGUAGUCGCUGUCUGUCCAACGAAACAGCGAGACCUGAGCUGGAGUGUCGAUGGUGUGGUAGUCAGUGCGCAUUCAGAGAUGAUGCUAUGUGUAGCAGUGGAGCCCGCGACCCCAGUGACUCCUGCCCUGCACCUGCUCUACAGAAGGUUGAGCCUGCAACGGGACCAAUAGAAGGCAACACCGUCAUCGAAAUUACAGGAACCAACAUUGGCCGAAGAUUUGAAGACGUCCGCAGCGUGAUGAUCGGUCAACAGUCAUGUGAUCUGACUGGGUUAGGUGACCAGUACAUCACUGGACGAAGUGUACGUUGUAGGACUACAGCAAUGAGCCUAGGUGAUUCUCAACCUAUCACUGUCUCCGUCGCCCCUGUUGCGCCUCCAGACAGCACGGACUUGACAAGCACAGGGGACGUUAUGUUCACUUACACGGAUCCUAUGAUUACUAGCUUCAGUCCGAGUGUUGGCCCUGCCGAUGGUGGUACAGUGGUCACCAUCGAAGGAACCGACCUGAACACAGGCAGGGACAUCCAAGCAAUGGUUGCAGACGACGUGACUUGUCGAAUCGACAGGGAAAGUCUAAGCAAGGAGGCAGUGGUGUGUCGCACCACAAAUUCUUACGUGGGCGAUGCAGGGAGGGUCUUCUUGACAUUUGACAGUGCUCAGAGACGAUCAGAAGCAGAGUUCACCUAUAAACCCAACCCAAAUAUCACUGAUAUCAACCCACGAAGGAGUGUCAUGUCGGGUGGCCGAACAGUGUAUGUGACAGGUCGUAACUUCCUACAGAUACAGACCCCACAGAUAAUCAGCACACUGGAAACGGAUGGCAACACAACCUUGACAUUUCAGAAGCCAUGCCAAGCUAUCAGUGACACCAACAUGACCUGUGAGACUCCAGACUUAAGCUCAGCCCUCAGCUACGGAGUCAGGCUUAGUGGCCGCAGCAAGCGCCAAACAGCGCCCUCACCCAUCAUCGGUUUCAUCAUGGCAGACGUGGCCAGUCUGCUGAGGUGGUCAGAGAACCAAGCGCCCCCAGGCUUCCAGUUUGAAUUCGUGCCGGACCCUGUCUUUGAUCGCUUCAUAGGAGAUGGUAACAUCCUUGAGCUGGAUGGCACCAAGAUCACAAUUAGGGGAAGUGACCUCGACAAUGCGCAGACUUCGACGGAGGUGCGAGUGUUUAUCGGCACACAGAAAUGUAGCGUGGAAGUCUUUGACAGCUCCAUCUUGACAUGUGAGGCCCCAGAGCUGGAACCAGAGCCCCUAGACUAUCAGGGGAACCGGACCAGCGUAGAACUGCCUGCUGUAUAUGUACUACACAGCCGACGGUAUUUUUUCAUCGGCUACGUCAGAUACAUUACCAGUGUAGAGAUCGCUUUGUACAUAGGCAUCGCUGCCGCGGCCGUAGCGCUGGCUCUCGUGGCACUGGCUCUCUUCCUAUAUCGUAAGCUGAGGGGCAAACAGAAGGAGAUUGGAGACAUGUUGAUAAAGAUGGAGAAAGUAGAGCAAGCGGAGGAUCUAAGAAUGGAGAAUACGACGUCUGAGUCGGAUGGGCAGCAACUGGAGCUCCCGACAUCGGCAGGGACGAGCGCCGCCAACGUCCAUCAGCCUUAUCCGGGAAUUGCGGCCGAGGACGCACAGAUCAAGUUCAGCCAGUUACAAAUGGGGGAUAAACUCGGGCAGGGUGCUUUUGGGACAGUUUAUCGAGCCGUCUUAAACAAUUGGUCAUCCGGAGAACAACGCAUUGUGGCCGUUAAGACGGUAGAAGAUCCAGAUCCUCCCAAAGUCGUCCAAUUCCUGAAGGAAGGAUUGUCAAUGAAGAGCUUCAAUCAUCCCAACGUACUGAAGCUGCUUGGCUUGACCUUUGACCGAUCGGGUCAGCCACUCAUUGUAAUUCCCUUUAUGGCAAACGGUGACCUGAAAUCUUUCUUAGUGAAGCAAAAACAGAACUUGACUCACACGCAUCUGACCAUGUUUGCCUAUCACGUGGCCCUGGGUAUGGAGUACCUCGCUGAACAACAGUUCGUCCACAGGGAUUUAGCUGCGAGAAACUGCCUGGUCGAUGACAAGCUUGUCGCAAAGAUAGCGGAUUUCGGCUUGUCCAGAGAUCUGGACGAGUCCGAUUACUACACCAGCGGGGAGAAACAGGCCAAGUUACCCAUCAAAUGGAUGGCACCAGAGUCAAUGGAACGUAAGGUGUAUGACACCAAAACGGACGUGUGGUCCUACGGGGUACUUCUGUGGGAGCUGUUUUCUCGUGGUCGAACGCCCUACCCUGAUAUUCACAACAGGGACGUGCACUCGUAUCUCAAGCAAGGCCAGCGUAUGAACCCACCUAGGUUUUGCCCUACAAAGAUAUCUGCCAUCAUGCGACACUGCUGGCUGGACUCCGCGAAGAAGCGAUGGUCCUUCGGUCAAAUAGUCCAGGAGCUGGAACCACUCGUGACCCACGCGUGAAGAAUUGAAGAGUGGGCCACUAUAGGAAAGCCGACGGUGGUGAUUACAGAAGGUACCAGCAAAGUUAUAGCUCGACCGCCUGACUGCUUGCUCUUACCAUUAUAGCCUAGGCCUUGAUAAUAUUUGAUAUGCCUUGUUAUGCUUUUUAUAAUACGCCCAUGUAGCGUAUAUAGCGUAAUA